AUGGAUCUCGUCAACCACCUGGAAGGCCGUCUCCUCUUCGCCGUACCCAAAAAAGGACGUCUUCAACAAGCAACCCUCGAUCUCCUCGCCGGCUGUGACGUCCAGUUCCGCCGCGAAACCCGUCUAGACAUCGCGCUGGUCAAGAACCUGCCCAUUGCGCUGAUCUUCCUGCCCGCCGCCGACAUCCCGACCUUCGUCGGCGAAGGCCGCGUCGAUCUGGGUAUCACUGGCCGCGACCAAGUCGCCGAGCACGAUGCCACCCUGCCCGCCGGCGAGGCCUCCAACGUGGAGGAGCUCCUCGACCUGGGCUUCGGCGCCUGCAAGCUGCAGGUGCAGGUCCCUGAGAAGGGCAAUAUCAAGGAGGCCAAGGACCUCGUUGGCCGCAACGUUGUGACCAGCUUCACUGCCCUCACCGAGGCUUUCUUCCGUAACCUGGAGGGAGCGGAGGCUGGCCAGAAGCUCUCUACGAAGAUCAAGUAUGUCGGCGGUAGUGUUGAGGCUGCUUGCGCUCUCGGCGUCGCGGAUGGUAUCGUUGAUCUUGUUGAGUCCGGUGAAACCAUGAAGGCCGCUGGCUUGAAGGCAAUUGACACCGUUGUCUCCAGCACCGCCGUGCUGGUCAAGUCCCGCAAGUCUAACAGCGACAUCCUUACCCUCCUCAGCUCCCGUCUGCGCGGUGUCAUCACCGCCCAGAAGUUCGUCCUGUGCCAAUACAACAUCCCUCGUGAUCAACUGCCCGUCGCGUCUAAGAUUACCCCCGGCAAGCGCGCGCCUACUAUCACCGCGCUCGAGGAGGAGGGAUGGGUUGCUGUCAGCUCGAUGGUGGAGAAGAAGCGCAUUGCUACGGUAAUGGAUGAGCUAAUUAAGGUCGGCGCGAGUGAUAUCUUGGUCUUGCACAUUGCCAACUCGCGCACGGAUUAAAGACUUGAUGAUACUUUGUUUUCUUUUUGGGUUUUUAUAGCAUCCUUCUUCAUGAUAAUUCUUUUUUUAACUUUAUAUACUGUGAUGGAACUUCCGGGAUACUGUCUCCUUUUCUUCUGUUUGGUCUUGAUAGAGACUGUCUCUCUGCUCUAAUGGGUAUUGGAUUAAGAGGACAAAAAGCACAUACAUAGAAAUGGCAUAAGGUUACAUAGCGUGUGUGCAAGGAGAUCAUAUUCAUGUUCGUAUA